UCGAUCUCGAUCUCGAUCCAGAACGCUCUUUAGAAGAGUUUAGAAGAUCGCAGACCCAGAAUCACCAACCGAAAAGAAAAUAUAACAAAAAUGACGGUGAACAUAACCUCCAUCAAGACAUCCUCGAACGGGGCAUGGCAAGGCGACAACCCACUCGACUACGCCUUCCCUCUCCUGAUCGUCCAGACGACGCUCAUCCUCCUCGUUUCUCGCUCCCUCGCCUUCUUCCUCAAGCCCCUUCGCCAACCCAAAGUCAUCGCCGAGAUCGUCGGUGGAAUUCUGUUGGGCCCAUCGGCGUUCGGCCGGAACGGGGCCUACCUGCGCCGGAUCUUCCCGUCUUGGAGCACGCCUAUCCUCGAGUCCGUCGCCAGCAUCGGCCUCCUAUUCUUCCUCUUCCUCGUCGGCCUCGAGCUCGAUCUCGGCUCCGUCCGGCGGAGCGGGCGCCGCGCCCUCGGCAUCGCCCUCGCAGGCAUAUCUCUCCCCUUCGUGUGUGGCAUCGGGGUUGCCUUCGUCCUUCGCAGCACUGUGGAGGGCGCCGACAAGGUCGGCUUCGGCCAGUUCCUGGUCUUCAUGGGGGUGGCGCUCUCCAUCACCGCCUUCCCUGUCCUCGCCCGCAUCCUCGCCGAGCUCAAGCUGCUCACCACCCAGGUCGGCGAGACGGCAAUGGCAGCCGCCGCCUUCAACGACGUGGCCGCGUGGAUACUGCUCGCGCUGGCUGUGGCGCUCGCCGGGGAUGGGGCCGAGGGCGGGGCCCACAAGAGCCCUCUCGUGUCGCUCUGGGUGCUCCUCUCGGGGUUCGCCUUCGUGGUCUUCAUGAUGGUCGCCGUCCGGCCCGCCAUGAGGUGGGUGGCGCGGCGGUGCUCCUCGGAGCACGACGUGGUCGACGAGGCCUUCAUCGUGCUGACGCUGGCGGGGGUGCUGGUCUCUGGGUUCAUGACGGACCUGAUCGGGAUACACUCAAUAUUCGGGGCCUUCGUGUUCGGGCUGACCAUCCCGAAGGGCGGGGAGUUCGCGGAGAGGCUGAUCGAGAGGAUCGAGGACUUCGUGACAGGGCUGCUCCUGCCGCUAUACUUCGCGUCGAGCGGGCUCAAGACUAACGUGACCAAGAUACAAGGCGCGGAGGCAUGGGGGCUGCUGACGCUGGUGAUCACGACGGCCUGCGCAGGGAAGAUCGCGGGGACGUUCGUGGCGGCGAUGAUGUUCGCGAUGCCAGCCCGGGAGGCCAUCACGCUGGGCGUGUUGAUGAACACCAAGGGGCUGGUGGAGCUCAUCGUCCUCAACAUCGGCAGAGAGAAGAAGGUUCUUAACGAUGAGAUGUUCGCAAUUCUAGUGUUGAUGGCGCUCUUCACCACCUUCAUCACCACCCCUACCGUCAUGGCCAUCUACAAGCCAGCCCGCGGCGCUCCGAUGCACCGCAAGCUGCGCGAUUUGUCGAACAACGACGACUCGUCCAAGGACGAGCUCCGGAUCCUCGCGUGCCUGCACGGCCUUGGGAACGUGCCCUCGCUCAUCAGCCUCAUCGAGUCGGUCCGAAGCACCAAGAAAUCCAUGCUCAAGCUCUUCAUCAUGCACCUCGUUGAGCUCACCGAGCGGUCGUCUUCCAUCAUCAUGGUCCAGCGGGCCCGCAGAAACGGCUUCCCUUUCUUCAACCUGUCGCGCCGCGGGGAGUCGCACGACCGAGUCGCGGGGGCGUUCCAAGCGUACAGCCAGCUGGGCCGCGUCUCGGUCCGGCCCACCACGGCGAUCUCAGCGCUGCCCACUAUGCACGAGGAUAUCUGCCACGUGGCGGAAGACAAGAGGGUGGCGAUGAUCAUCCUACCAUUCCACAGGUCCUGGAGGGGCGAGGGGGACGAGGCCGUGGAGGACAAUGUGGGCCACGGGUGGAGAGGGGUCAACCAGAGGGUGCUGAAGCACGCCCCGUGCUCGGUGGCCGUGCUCGUGGACCAUGGGUUCUGGGGCGGGUCCGAGACCCCGGGGCCCGACAUGUCGGCGGUCCAACGGGUUUGUGUCCUGUUUUUUGGUGGUCCGGACGAUCGGGAAGCGUUGGAGUUGGGCGGGCGGAUGGCAGAGCACCCCGUGGUCAAGGUGACCGUGGUGAGGUUCGUGGAGAAACCGGAGGCCCAAGGGAACGAGAUUACAUUGAGGCCAUCCUCAAGCAAAUGCAGAGAGAAGAGCUAUAGCUUCUCGACUGCGCAUAUGAAUCGACAAAAGGAAAAGGAGCUGGACGAGGCCGCGGUCGCAGAAUUCCAAGAGCGGUGGGACGGCACGGCUGGCUACAUAGAGAAAGUUGCCGGCAACGUGGUCGAGCAAGUCCUAGCAAUCGGCCGGAGCAAAGAUUAUGACCUUGUAGUCGUGGGCAAGGGGCGGUUCCCUUCGGCUAUGGUGGCGGACUUGGCGGACCAGUCGGCCGAGCACCCGGAGCUAGGUCCUGUCGGGGACGUGCUGGCGUCGUCAAGCCACGGCAUCGCGUGUUCGGUUCUAGUGAUCCAGCAGCAUGAAAUGGGCCAUGGGGAGGAUACUCCCGUGUCUAAAGUGGAGAGCAGCGAGCAUAACAAGUCGAAAGAGAUCGAUGAUAUAGUAUGAUCAUGGAUCGAAGUUAUCACGAGCCGCUGCACGUGUUUCGGCUAUUGUACAGCAAUUUGGGUGUGUUUUGGAGCAAACCAUAUAUCAUUUCUGAAAUUUGUUGAAAGCGGG